AGUCUCCAAACUGUACUAGGUUUUAGGUACAUGCUACACAGACCACAGUUCGGUGUAUGCUCUCAGCAGUUAGCAGGACUUCAAUCCCUGUAGCUGCUGGAAUCUCAACUUUCCAACUCCAAUUUUAAACUUCCAAAGCUUCUACCUUUUUGUUUCUUCACCUUUCCAUCAGUUUUUUUUUUUUUUUUUUUCUCUCCAUUCUCUUAUUCUUUUCAGUCACUUCUUCUUCUACCUUGUGAAAAAGGGAAGAAGGAACAGCCACACAAAAAAUGUUGUCUUUGAAUGUAGUUUCACCUUCAUCUUCCAGUGUCACUUUCACCAAACACAAUCACAAUUCUUCCAUAAAUGCAUCCACCAUUUUCAGGUCAAAUCUCCUCAGCAAGGUUCAAAGCCACAAGAACCUACCCUGCCUCAGAACCACCACCACUUCCCAGCUCCAUGAACAAGGUCACCAAAGUUCCAAGCUUUCUUUCAUGCCCACAUCUCAGAUCCAAGAUUCAAUUACGAAGUUAGGAACUUUCAACAGGUUCCUCACACACCCUUUUGAAUCCAAAGCAAAACCCAUUAACCAAGUUGUGAAAGCAGCUUCUUCUGGUGCCAAUCCUGAAGGAGGAGAAGAAAGUGUAGCCCCCAAAUCAAAGACCCUAAAGCUUGCACUUGUUUUUGGUCUAUGGUACUUCCAAAACAUCAUCUUCAACAUUUACAACAAGAAGGCCUUGAACAUUUUCCCAUUUCCAUGGCUUCUAGCUUCAUUCCAGCUAUUUGUUGGUUCAAUUUGGAUGCUAACUCUAUGGGCCUUAAAGCUCCAGCCAUGUCCAAAAAUCUCAAAGCCUUUCAUCUUUGCACUUCUUGGACCUGCUUUGUUCCACACAAUAGGCCACAUCUCAGCUUGUGUCUCAUUCUCUAAGGUUGCUGUUUCAUUCACUCAUGUAAUCAAAUCAGCAGAACCUGUUUUCUCUGUCAUAUUCUGUUCUGUUCUUGGUGAUAGGUUCCCUAUUCAGGUUUGGCUCUCAAUUCUACCUAUUGUUCUUGGUUGUUCUCUAGCUGCAGUAACUGAAGUGUCUUUCAACUUGCAAGGAUUGUGGGGUGCCUUAAUUAGCAAUGUUGGAUUUGUGUUGAGGAAUAUAUAUUCUAAGAGAAGUUUGCAGAAUUUCAAGGAGGUUGAUGGAUUGAACUUAUAUGGUUGGAUUACUAUAGUUUCAUUGUUUUAUUUGUUUCCUGUGGCUGUUUUCAUUGAAGGGUCUCAAUGGAUUCCGGGGUAUUAUAAGGCAAUUGAAGCUAUUGGAAAACCAUCCACAUUUUAUAUUUGGGUUUUGCUUUCUGGUGUGUUCUACCAUCUCUAUAACCAAUCAUCUUACCAAGCCUUGGAUGAGAUUAGUCCUUUAACUUUUUCAGUUGGGAACACAAAAGAGAGUGGUGGUGAUCGUGUCGUCGGUUUUGGUGUUCAGGAUCCGGUUAGACCACUUAAUGGCCUAGGAUCCGCCAUUGCCAUUCUCGGAACUUUCCUGUAUUCGCAGGCAACUGCGAAGAAACCAAAGAAAAUUGAAGGUGAAAAGAGUAGUUAGAGUAAGAAAAAGAAGUGGGGAAAAAAGGUGAAAUGUUGUUAGAGGGGAGAAAUCUGCUUGGAUUAUUUGAAUAUCUUCAGUUAGACCAUUUGAUUUUUGACAUUAAUUAAGAUCUUCAAUUUCUGCUUUC